CGUUCUCUCCUCCUCGUGAAUGACGCGACAUUCGCCAGUUGGACUCACGUCUACCACAGUUACUUCUUUGGGUGUCUCUGCCUGGUUACUGCAUAUACAUAUAUACCAGUGUUUCAUAACAGAGGUGAGCGGGCAACCACACGCACAAACAAACACAAUCCCAAUGAGUGGGCUUGGUUUGGCGCUCGUGGGCGCCCUGGUGGCAGCGUGGGUGGUCAUGGGCGGCCUGGUGGAGGCAGUUGAGCUGCUGGAGUGUGGGCGUGGGUGUACCUGCCAGAAUAAAACCGAACAGUUCGACGUCGUGAAGUACGAAGUAAUCUGCGAGGACGCCACUGAACAGGAACUGACGUUGACGGAGGCUGUGUUGAACGGCGCCAGCCCCCAGCUGAUGCUGCGGACCCACGUGAAGGUGAAGUCACCGUCAGAGAGGACCCGCGUGGUGGUGACUGAGGGCUUCGUCAAAACAGUGGAAGGUGUUCGAAAUGUGCUCCCUGGAGGUGGAUAG